CUGGCCCCAAGUCGAUAGCUGGCCCAAACGCUUUUCGCACCUGCUAGCUCCGGCUCCGCGCCCUCGCCCUCGUAUGGGUACAGCCUCGCAGCAGCCCCGAGUCCCGAGUCCGUGUCCUCAGCACCCGCGCCUCUCGACCUCUCGCGCCCCUUGAAUGUGCUCCUGGUUCCUCGCCCGAAUGCCGCGCUUCGCCCCGGCGGCCCCGGGCCAGCCGCCCGUCUCCUUCUGAUGCCCAUGUCGGGAGUGCUCGAGGCCCGAUCUCCCUCUCACCGCCGUCUUCGUCUCCCUGGCCCCGGGCCUGGCCGCCAUCGCCCAUGCCAUGGACCCGCUAACUCCGUGAUCCUCCCGCCCAGGUGUCGCAACUUAUAUGAGGAGCGCGUCGAGACUUAACUUUCUGCGUACUGAUAGGACAAGCUGACACAAUGUCUUUGUACAAAAGUAUUUUCAUCAUGUUGACGAUGUGCCUCAUCAAUUCAGGAUGUUUCUAUUACAGGGGAGCCCAACAACAUAAGACUAAUUACAGAGAGAAAGAGAAGGAGGUCUUGGAUCAAAUCCUCGGUCCUGGAAGUUACGACGCAAGGAUACGGCCCUCGGGGAUCAACGGAACUGAAAAUAAUCCUUGCAAUGUUCAUAUCAACAUUUUUUUCCGCUCCAUCAGUAAAAUCGAAGAUUACCACAUGGAAUACAGCGUUCAGUUUACUUUUCGGGAGCAAUGGACGGACGAAAGACUUAAAUUCAAUGACUAUGGAGGUAGGUUAAAAUAUUUAACGUUGACGGAGGCUAACCGUGUAUGGAUGCCUGAUCUGUUCUUUUCAAAUGAAAAGGAGGGCCAUUUCCACAACAUUAUCAUGCCAAAUGUAUACAUACGAAUAUUUCCGACCGGAAGUGUGCUGUACAGUAUAAGAAUAUCGUUAACCUUAGCUUGUCCGAUGAAUCUGAAGCUAUACCCACUAGAUAGACAAGUGUGUUCAUUAAGAAUGGCAAGUUAUGGUUGGACGACAGAUGAUUUGGUAUUUUACUGGAAAGAGGAUGAUCCGGUGCAAGUUGUUAGAAACUUACAUUUGCCUCGUUUUACGCUAGAGAAAUUCAAUACUGAUUACUGCAACAGCAAGACUAAUACCGGUGAAUACAGUUGUUUGAAAGUGGAUCUAAUUUUCAAGCGAGAGUUCAGUUACUACCUGAUCCAAAUUUACAUCCCUUGCUGCAUGUUGGUAAUUGUCUCUUGGGUCUCCUUCUGGCUGGACCAGGCUGCGGUGCCAGCCCGAGUCUCUCUAGGGGUCACAACUCUCCUGACAAUGGCCACGCAAACCUCUGGUAUCAACGCUUCCCUCCCUCCUGUGUCCUACACUAAGGCUAUCGACGUGUGGACGGGAGUUUGCCUUACAUUCGUAUUCGGUGCUCUACUAGAGUUUGCGUUAGUUAAUUAUGCUUCCAGACGGCAAAAACGACCCACUGCGCCACUAAACGAAGAGCUAUCAUCCGUAAACUCAUUUGAAAUGACCUCAAUUGAGAUAUCGGAUAUGUAUCGAGAUAACAUGCAGAAGAAGCGUCGAGAAAGCGAGCUAGAGCACGCAGCAGCCCUCGAAGCCGCCGAUCAACUCGAGGAUGGAACUACCUUCCCAAUGGUGGUAAGUUACUAUAAGCCGCUGGUGCGCGACGGUCUCUCGAAGGACAAGCGGCGAUGCGAGGUGCACAUGCCGCACCAGGAGCGCCGCUCCAACUGCUGCCGCUCGUGGCUCUCCAAGUUCCCGACGCGCUCCAAGCGGAUCGACGUCAUCUCCAGAAUCACGUUCCCGCUCGUCUUCGCCCUCUUUAACGUCACCUACUGGUCCACCUAUCUCUUCAGACAGGACCAAGACAACGAGUAAAACUAAAA